AUGCUUGAUUCAGGUGCCACCGGAAAGGGAUUUGUAGACGAAUCCUUCGCGCAUACCAACAAAUUCGAACUUUAUAAACUACGAAACCAUCGCCGGUUGAACGUAGUCGACGGAAGACCCUCCUCGGCUGGCGAUAUCACUCAUGUAGCAAAACUGCACAUGGAAGUCAAAGGGCAUAAAGAAAAGAUGCUCUUUUACGUCACGAAGCUUGGGAAGUAUGAUAUCAUACUCGGAAAGCCCUGGCUGACAGACCACAACCCAAACAUCGAUUGGAGCACGAACCGGGUCACUUUCAACUCUGACCACUGCCGCAGACGCUGCAUGAAGAAGGGGCAAUACCAACUGGUGGUGUAUGGAGCCCCUUCUCUGCCGGUCUCGACAACCACAGCCAUAAACCCACGCCCAUCAAUACCUCGAAGGGUCGGCGCCGCCGCAUUCCAUAUGCUAGCCAAAAAGGACGAUGUCGAUAUAUUCUCACUAUCACUUUACGAGAUCGACAAAAGGCUGGCUGAUCUUGGCGUCAUCACGGAAGCCUCCACAUUCGCAAAACCUAAAGCACGAUUCGACGCUGCACUUACGGACAUGCAAAAGAUGAACCGAGAACUCCAGCCACGGGAUACAGUCCACCCCCCCAACUCCGGGUGCCAACAAACCGAAGAACUCCGAGUCUCCCGGAAAAUAGCGGCCGAUAUGUACCUUUCAGGCGCAUCACUCGAAGACAUUCGCAAAGCCCUUGAGCCUAAGACCUGGAUCGACCCUGCAACAAAAGUACCCGAACAUUACCAUGAAUUCCUAAAAGUAUUCGACCAGACAGAGGCAGAUAAACUCCCUCCACACCGAGACUGCGACCACAAAAUCGAACUUCAACCUAACACAACCCCACCUCAUGGACCUCUGUACGGGAUGUCCGAAGACGAACUCACCGUCCUCCGGAAAUUCCUUCAGGAAAACCUCGACAAGGGGUUCAUACGCGCCAGUACGUCGCCAGCAGCCUCGCCAGUGUUAUUUGCGAAGAAACCAGGCGGCGGUCUUCGUUUUUGCGUUGACUACCGAGCACUCAAUGCAAUAACCAUCAAGAACCGAUACCCACUGCCGUUGAUCCAAGAAACCCUUUCACAGCUAAGCCAAGCUAAGUACUUCACCAAACUUGACGUCGUCGCGGCGUUUAAUCGAAUACGCAUCCAGGAGGGCCAGGAAUGGAUGACGGCAUUCAACACAAGAUACGGUCUCUUCGAGAGCAUGGUGAUGCCUUUCGGAUUAUCAAACGCCCCAGCUACUUUCCAAGCCCGAAUCAAUGAAGUAUUACGCCCAUUCCUUGAUAAGUACUGCACAGCGUACAUCGACGACAUCCUCAUCUAUUCAAACGACCUCACUACCCAUAGACUCCAUGUCAAAUCAGUGCUUCAAGCACUCGAGGCCAGGGUGAGGAAUCAAUCCACGAAAUCCACUGGUUGA